AUUAUGGAAUUAGAUUUUUGCUCCCAGAGUAGAUUGAAUAUUCUUUUCCUAAGGAAGAAUUAGGAGUAAAUCCUGUGUAAAUAGUUUAUUAGGCUUUGUGAUGUUUUAUUGAAUGUAAAUAUUAGGUGACAGUUGAAGGGAAAUAUGCAAAAGCAAGGAAAAUACAAAUUUGGAGGAUCUUUGGAUGUGCUUUUUUUUCUUUUAAGCAUUGUAUGUAGAUAGGGUGGAUGCUUUUUCUUUGAUAAGUGUACCUUUAAUGAUAUGGCUGUUCUCUUAUAAGUCAUAUUUCUGAUGGAAUAGAUUUUGCUACUAUGCUGAUAGCAUGCUGGGUGGUCAAAGAUUUAAGGAUUUACACUUCGUACCAUGUUCAGAUCAGACACUCAUUCAGUCCAUUUGACUCUUGGGCAAUGUUAAAGUAUUCUAAGCAUCACUUUGGACCUUUUUGGAUAGCUUUGUUCAAAGAAAUUGUGGCCACAGGGCUUAAAAGCUUGGACAGUGACCCACUGUGCCCACCUGAUUUCUUGUUAUUCAGUUGUUUUCCCCAAUCAGUGUGCCUCAGAAUGUUAUCCCACAGUGUAUUAUUUGUCUGAUAUAUGUGUGUCAGUUUCUGUUUAAGGCCCAUGGGAAAAGGAGAGGCCCAUUCUUCCUAGAGACAGCAACUAGAAUCUUAGAUUCUCAAAACCACGGGAGGGCUUUUUACUUAUCCUUACGUUUUGUAAGGUUUGUGGUAUGCAGUUUGGCCAGAGGCUGUAGUGGUAGCAUUGUGUGUGUUAGUAAUCUCUUACUCUGUGCCACGUGCUGUGCUGAGUGCUUUUACAUCCCCAUCUCUUUUUUAAAAAGUUAAAUUAUGUGAGCUUUUUAUUAUUAUCCCCAUUUUACUGAUAAGAAAAUUGAGGCUCAGAGUUAAAUCACAUGACAGUUGAGUAAUAGAAUUGGGAUUUGAAUCCCUGGCUCCCUGGCUCAAAAAUCCAUGUCCUUAAUGUCUGUAUUACUGUCUCUCAGGGGUGGUGAUGUGAUUGUAAAUCUUCUAAAGCUAAAUGAGAAUAAGGCAUUAGAAGCAAGCAGAGUUAAAAUUCUCAUAAUAAUUUAGUACAGGUUUACUCUGUUUGAAUAGUUAAAACAAACUUUCUCAUUCGACUUGUCCCUUCCCCUCACAUAAUCUAGAGAAUCAGAUUGAAAUAAGAAGGGGUGGGAGAGUGAAUAUUGUUUUCCCACUGAUAAUUCCAUGCAUGGUUAAGUGGAUUUUUCUUGAACUUCCUUCCUUUUCCUAGUAGGGAAAACCUUCAGGCAUUAAGUGUCAAAAUGGAAAUCUUUAUCCUGAAUGAACUCGAUUGUGAGAUAAGAACCAUUAUGAAUGACAGAACUGUUUGAAAAUGAUAUCUUCCAUAUUUCUGUUAACUUGGAAAUGUGCUCUUAUGUCAUUUGGUGAUUCAAAAAACAUAGCCCAACUAACAUCAGAUUGGUUUUUCUGGAUAGGGGUAAAGAAGUUAAAUAUUUAUAUAGCUGUAAUGGGUACUGCCCUGUGAAUUCCACUGUAACUUUAUAAUUAAUGUGCCAUUACCUUAGGGUCUUACCAAGUAUUUCUGCCUUCUGGACACGAAAGAGACAAACUCUUCUAUUGUUUGCAAUUACCCUCAUAAAAAUUUGAAAGCAAGCAAAAAAAAAAAAAUGUUUUUCUUUCCUCUUAGGACAAGUUUGCCUUCUGCUUAACAAAAUUAGGUUUGCACUUUCCCAGUGGUAUGAAGUCAGUGCCCUGCAGGUCCCCACUCAGGCCUGUGGCUGGCUUUGCAGCCGUCUGCCCCAAGCGGAGUGUUUUCUCUUCGAAAUGGCAGUGCUGGGCAGUAGUGAGAAGAUCCCAAGCGGGCAAGCCCUUCUUUUCUGUUCCACUCUGGGUGUCAGUGAAAAUAGUCUCUCAUCCCUUUCCGUCCUGCCUGGGGGUGGGAUGGUGGUUCACUUCUACCAGAGCUUUCGCUUAAGACGCACUCUCACAUUUUCCCAUAGUCUUUGUGGUCAAUACCUUAGCAACCCAGUCACUAAAAACAAGAGGAGCAGUGCCGCAGGAAAAGUGACUGCUAGGAUUUGGGGCCGGGUAGUGAGAGCCAGGACACUGAGUUGAAGGGAAAUUAUUCCCUGUUUUAGAGAGUCUCGUCCUGAGGACAAUUAAACAGUCCAGACAGGUCACUGGGCCUUUGGCUUUAUGUCCCGAGUUGCCCUACAAGCAGAGAAGAUGAAUCAUCACCCGGAAUGGUUCAAUGUGUACAACAAGGUCCAGAUAACGCUCACAUCACAUGACUGUGGGGGACUGACCAAAAGAGAUGUGAAACUGGCCAAGUUUAUUGAAAAAGCAGCUGCUUCUCUGUGACUCCUUCUAAAAUGCAUGUAGAAUCUUACAUACACAUCUAGCUGCAAUGGACUUUGAAGACAAUUUAUAUGAAUAAAUUAAGUUAUAAAUUUAGUUCACCUUUUGAACUAUCAUUUUGUAAAAUCAAUGCUUAAAUAAAAAUGAUUUAAACUUGA